ACUCGAUCCCUCUUGGUGUCGAACGAGUCGCAACUUGAACGAGACAGCUGUAGUACCGACAUGGAUCGCGAAUCUUACGGUAGCCAUCCGCGACUGAUAACGAUUUGUUUUCGUUCCAUAGCUACUUCAUCUUUACGCCUCGAUUUUUGAAGCCUCGGUAAAAUCUCUUUCGUUUUCUCUUCGAAUUUACGAUUAUGUCGCGUCGAAUUAUAGCUGGCAGUAUUGAUAACAGUGCGUUCUCCCCGUAUCACCACCAGUGAAGUUCGUGAAGUUCCUGACCCACAUUAAAGAUCGUGGGGCUUUUCAACGAUGGGUGUGUUUCCCCGGAAUUUUUUGUGUUGUGAUGUUCACUAGGAAACCCAGGAUUUUCACAAUUUUGAAAGGGCCUGCUUUGGUUGUGUGAUGGAAACCCAGGAUCAAGAGGUUGGAGCCUGGGAUGCUGUGUUAUUGGACCCUCUCACCGAAGAAGAUUUUAUCUCAAAUCUUCACCAGAGAUAUAAACGAGAUCACAUUUAUACGUACAUAGGAAAUUUUUUAGUCUCCCUUAAUCCCUACAAAGAGCUUCCAAUUUAUAGUGCAGAAUUAGCAUGCUUAUAUCGGCAUAAAGGACCUUAUCAGCUUCCACCUCACAUAUUUGCUAUCGCUGGAUCAGCUUGGCGGUGGUUACGAGAUAGAGGUGAGGACCAGGUCAUCGUUCUCACAGGCGAAAGUGGUAGUGGUAAGACUGAAGCAGCAAGAAUGACGACGCUUUUCGUAGCAGCAGUCAGUGAAAAGGAAUCUUUCAGGCACAAACUCACAAGUUCUUCCUUAAUUCUUGAAGGUUUUGGUAACGCCAAGACAAUGCUGAAUGAUAACGCUUCCAGAUUUGGAGAGUACCUAGAAGUAGAAUUCAAUCACUGUGGAGAGCCUGUCGGUGGGACGAUCACAAACUAUCUCUUAGAAAAGUCCAGGGUCACUCAGCAUGCUCAAGGAGAGAGAAAUUUUCACAUAUUUUACCAGCUCUUGACAGGGGCUGAUAUCCAAUUGCUCAAGCUUUUAAAAAUUCAGAGAAAUGUAGAGAGUUAUUCUUUACUGCGGUGUAGUAAAAACUGUUUCACAGAAUGCCAUUUAGAACAUAUCAAUGACAAAUCAGAUUUUCUCACCACCAAGAGGGCUAUGGAAAAUUUAGGUUUAUCGUCGGAAGAAAUUGUUAGUAUUUUAAGGAUAGUAGCUUCGGUGCUGAAACUUGGCAAUCUUGUGUUCAUUCCUAGUAAUAGUAUCGAUGGAACUGAGACUUGUACAAUAAGUAAUGAUUACGAAUUACAUGAAGUAUGUGAAUUACUGAAUGCGGAUUCAACGUUAUUACAGACAGCUAUUACAUCGCGGUCUUAUUCCGACGGCAUUCAAUUCAUGCUUGCGGAUCUUUGUGCCACAGAAGCCACGCACUCUAGAGACUCCCUUUGUAAAGCAUUGUACAGUAGGCUUUUUACAUUUUUAGUCAACCGAAUAAAUGAUUUCUUAAAAGUCAAACCCUGUGGGAAGCAAAAAGUACUGGGUGUACUGGACGUCUAUGGGUUUGAAAUCAUGGAGCGAAACGGUUUUGAGCAAUUCAUCAUUAAUUUCUGCAAUGAAAAGCUUCACCAAGUUGUAAUGGACCAAACUCUGCGAGAAGAACAAGAAGAGUAUAUAAGAGAAGGCAUUGAUUGGGUUCCCGUACAAUUUUUCAAUAACUCCCCCAUCUGUGAUCUCAUUGAAAAGAACAAUUAUGGUUUAUUAUCUUUGCUGGACGAAGAAUGUGGUAAACCUGAAAGCCUUAUCAGUGACGAGCAAUUUCUGGCCAAAAUUGUUGCCUUAUCCACCUCCUCAAAUCAUUGUCACACGACACCAGAACGCAGAUGUCGCAGCUAUAUUACAACAUCUGCAUCUUCGGAUAAUAAUAUGCCUUCCAAUUGUUUUCGGCUUCGUCACUAUGCUGGGACAGUCAUGUACGAUGUUUCGGGAUUUGUAGAAAAAAAUAAUGACUCUUUACACAGAGAUCUUUCCCUUGUGAUGUAUAAAUGCCAACAUCCUUUGCUCAAACUUCUUUUUCCUGAAGGUAACCCUAAAAGGACUCAGCUAAAGCGUCCUGCAACGAUCGCAACGCAGUUCCGAGUUUCACUAAAUAGCCUGGUGCACAAUCUAUCGAGCAAGCAAGCGUAUUACGUCCGUUGUAUUAAACCCAACAACCACAAGAGACCGAGAUGUUUCGACUCUUCACUGGUGCAACACCAAGUCCGAUACCUAGGGUUAUUGGAGACGGUCAAAGUUCGAAGGUCUGGUUUCUGUUAUCGGCUCCCGUAUCUCCAGUUCCUGGAGCGCUACAAAAUGCUUUGCCUUGACACUUGGCCUAACUUCUCUGGACCUGUAGUUGAAGGAGUCAAUUACAUCCUUCGAGAUCUUCCAAUCCCUAAUGGAGAAUUUGCUUUCGGCCAAAACAAAAUAUUCGUCCGGAGCCCUAGAUCUGUUUUUGAAUUAGAGGAGUUUAGGAGGCAACGCUUGGAAGAAUUAGCGAUCCUUGUUCAAAAAGUUUGGCGUGGUUACCAUCAAAGGAGAAAUUUUCUCUGCAUGAAAAGGAGCCAAAUUAUAAUCGCCUCUGCGUGGAAAAGUUGGCGGGAAUGUCGAUAUGGUGUGAGCUAUGAAGGUAGAAGACAUCUUUGGUGUUUGUACAGAGUCGCCAAAGAGGAGUAUAGAAUCAUGAAAAAGCGAAAACAAAUGGAAUGGGCUGUUAAUGUUAUUCAAAGACACUAUAUUCGAUGGAAAAGGCUUCAAUUUCUUCUACAGCUGUCGAGUGAAUUACCAGCUGAUAGCGAUUCACCAAUCAGUCACGACUGGCCACCAUGUCACCGGCGACUUGCAGACACUAGUUUAUUAUUAAGACGGUUGCAUCACAAAUGGCGAUGCCACAAAUAUAGGUUGCGUUUUGAUCAAACUGCAAGAAAUCGCAUGAGAGAAAAGGUCACUGCUAGUAUUAUAUUUAAGGAGAGAAAAGCCUCCUAUCCCCGAAGUGUGGGCCAUCCUUUUCAUGGUGAUUAUGUCCGGUUGCGGCAAAACGUUCAGUGGAAAAAAAUCAGCGUUGAGAGCAACGACCAAUAUGUUGUCUUCGCUGAUAUCAUAAAUAAGAUAGCUCGCUCAAGUGGCAAAUUUGUACCAAUACUCUUUGUGCUGUCGACUAGUUCAGUUCUAAUAUUGGACAAAAGAACUCUCCAGGUCAAAUAUCGCGUGCCCGCCACAGAAAUUUAUCGUCUUUCGCUGUCCCCGUUUCUAGAUGACGUAGCUGUUUUUCACAUUCGAGCGACGAGCCCCUGUAGUGAUGAGUGUAGUGAAAUGACGAUCCCGCUCAGCUCAUCGCCACCCGGUUGUCUCUUCCAGAGUGAACUCGGAAAGAAGAAAGGUGACUUCGUUUUCCAAACAGGACAUGUCAUCGAGAUUGUCACCAAACUCUUUCUUGUCAUUCAAAAUGCAGUCGGCAAGCCACCGGAAGUGAACAUCACCACUGAAUUCGAAGCAAAUUUUGGUCAGCAAACGGUAAUGGUGACCUUCAAAUGUAUUGGACUACCAGAGGUGCAACCUGGACAAAUAAGGAUCUUGCGGAAACGGAAUAAAUUGGAAGUGCUUGUAUGAUUAUCAGUCAUCUUCUUAUCCACCUUCGAAUAGCUCUUCUUUCUUGAUCAGAGCUUACUAAAGAGGGUAUUGUUAAACUGGUUGUAAUUAUAUUUAAAGCAAAAGUUGUUGAAUUCUGUCAGACAAUUUUAUCAUCGUUAAUCGUUAAAUCGGACUUGGGAGCAAUACGAACUUGUAUGAUUAUUAAAUUUGUAGAGAAUUCACUGUAAAUACCGCCACCGCUACUAUCAAUUGUUAAUUUUCGAAGACCUGUAAUUUAUUUUAGUCAUCAAGCUGAUUUUAUAUUGUUCAUGUUAUGCUGACCCAGUUGAUUAUUUCUUUAAAAAGAAUGUAAUAUAGUUGGUCUUUCUCCA